AUGGAGGCCCGCAAGUGCCUUCUCUUCGGUGUAACUAUAGCUUGUUUUCUUAUUCCAUGCAUUCGAGCUGAUAGUUUUAUAGUGAUUUCCAAGCGGUACAGCAACAACUCCUACUCUUGCUUCGUCCGCCAUACUAAAGAUGGACUUGAGUAUCGUCUAACCUACAACGUAUGCAUCCUAGAACCGUCAGUCACCAAUAGCACUGAGCCUAGUGAUCAAAUGGGACUACAGUGUCUAUACUACGAAUGCACCAUAACUGCCACCCAACUGAUGGGUGACGAUGGCCAGUUGAAAUGUGUUCGUUACGCAUACCCGGCUUCCGCUUCCUAUCCACCAAUGUUCGAUCGUAUCAUCUCCUAUCGCCAGAACUGGCCAGUUUCCAAGUUCACAAUACCGAGUCAGCGCCGUGAACAUAGGCGCAGAAAGCGCGACUUUAGUUGGGUGGCAUUUUUAGAAAAGAUCUCCUUCAUGGGUCGGCAUCAGAGUACCGUGAGCAAGCAGAAUGAAGCGUUCUUCCAAUAUAAUUACAUGAACAAACCGGGCGGUUCAUUAUCACCGACGGCCGCGUCUGGUUCUACUCCGUCACCACAAACGGCAUCGUUUACAACCGGUGAACCGUUGCAAAGUGCAUCAUAG